ACCUCAGCCUGGUUCGGAUUGAAUUGGGAAGGAUUUUCUCCCAAUCACACUGAACUGAAUAAUAACUCAUCAGUGAGCAGCCCAUGUUUGUUGAGAUUGUGUCGCUUUCACUCUGUAAUACGGUAGAUUGAUGGCACCAAAGUGGAGGCUAAAGGUCAGGGAGGCUGAAACUGAUUGGGAAAUGAGAGCGGCCGUGUGGUUGACAAUGUCCCCGCCGCCGAUUUACUGCUGAGGUUUGAGCAGGGAGCCUGACCGCCUGAGACUGGAAAGGGGGCGGGAGCGAGAGGCUGGGAAACCAUUUCAAACCAGAAAGCACCAGGAGAGACCCACUGAUGGUCUGGAUCGGGUGAAAUGGAGUUGAGAAGCGUGUUGUGGGUUGUUGCAUUGGGGCUGGUUUUGUUGGAAGCGGCUGCUGAAGGUGCCUGUUUGCAGCUGGGCCGGUGUUGUAACGGGAGAGAACCUACAUGUCACAGCACUGGCUGGCGCCCCGAUCGCUCCCACGGAACCUGUUACUGUGACCAGGCUUGUACGCACACCCUGGAUUGCUGCCAUGAUUACCAACUCGCCUGCCCAGCUGUUUCUUGCAAAGUGACUGAAUGGAGUUUCUGGAGUGGCUGUGCUGAACAAUGCAAAAAUACUUACCGUGUUCGUCAACGAUACAUCACACAAGAGCCACGAAAUGGUGGAAAGCCAUGUCCUCCCUUGGAAGAAAGGGCAGGCUGUGUGGAAUAUCAUAGUGAUGAGGAUACAAUGUGCAGGCAAUCCUUGGUCCCUGCCUUGAUUACCACAGGGGGAUAUGGAAAAGCCAGGAGAAAACGAGAUGUAUUCAUUGAAUCUGAGGCACCAGCGUAUUGUGUAGAAUUUAAAGUGAAAUCAUUGACUCAGCAUUGCUUGCUGGAAAACCGUCCACACACUCGGUGGAUGCAGUAUCUGCGAGAAGGAUUCACUGUUUGUGUAGAAUGCCAGCCUCCCGCUCUGAACUCGAAGUUCCAAAGAUGUUAUGGUGAUGGCUCUGAAGCUGAAAGGAAUCAGAUUCUGCAGUGGCAUGCAAUCGGUAACUCUCAAUGCAGAGGAACAUGGAAGUGGAUUCGACAGAUCGAAUCAUGUUCUUGUCCUUCAGUUCAUAGUUUUUUAUUCAUUUGAAACCAACCUAUCCCAUCCAUGGAGAACAUCCAUUUUAUUAAUACUUGCUAAGCACUUAUACUACAGACAUCAGUCACCUGGAAUCUAAUUGAAACAAUACUAAGACUAAACAUAUGAUAUAUUCUGAAGUCUGCAAAAUAUUGUGUAUAUACAUAUGGUGAAGUGGCUGAACUGUUAUUUUCUCUAAACUGUUUUAUUUAUCAGCAUUUUCAAUACAUUGUAUCCCAUCACAGUACGUGAGACAGAAAAACUAUCUUUAACCUUUCACGAAAAGCAAUAAAUCAAAUGAAGAGGCAGAUUUUAAGCUGGAUUUCCCAAAGAACUUUCAAAAGUAAAAAUAACAAGCCAAAUGUUACAAAAUAAGUUUGGUGAUUGGUUACAGGAGUUGCUUUACAUGUCAGAAAGUCUCAGUUACUGCUGAGUGAUUGUUUGACGUCCAUAAUGUUCCCUGUACAGUCUGACAUUUAUUAUUCAUAAAUAUUUAAUUGGCAAAUCUAGUGCACUGUAACAUGUAGCUAGCUGAAGAAACACAGAGCAUUCAUUUCCAUGGUCCUUGGUGAAAAUCUAGUUGUGGCUGGGAAGCAUCAUAAUUCAUGUCAGUGAAAGAGCAGAUAACUGUUCAUUCCAGCAGACCUUUCUCUCACUACUGAACAAUUUUCAUUUCUCAUUACGGUUUACUCAUGGGUAACGAUGUAACAACUCUGUGACUUACUAGGAGAAAUCGAAAUUUCAAUGUGAAAUCCUGGCAAGAAUGUAAACAAAUGAGAGACUUGAGGGGAACACUGUGCAGAGGAUCAAUGGUAUAUUCCAAUUAUAUAUUUG